AUGGCGAUCGGGGCUGCUGCUGCUGCUGCUGCUGCUGCUGCUGCUGCUGCUGCUGCUGCUGCUGCUGCUGCUGCUGUGGUGGUGGUGGUGCUGGCUGCUGCUACUCUGAUUGUGGUGCAAGUACGGGGAGCUGCUGCUACUGUAGUGGUGGAGGUGCUGCUCGCUGCUGCUGAGGUAGUGGCGGUGGUGGUUAUAGUGUUGGGUGCUGCUGGAGCCGUGGUGGUGGUGUUGCCGGGUGCUGCCGCUCUGAGGGCGGUAUGGGGAGCUGCUGCUGCCGGAGUGGUUGCGGUAGGGGGCCUUGCCACUGAAGUGAUGGUGGUCCUCGGUGCUGCUGCUGCCGUGAUGGAGGUGCUGGGUGCUGUUACUGCGGUAUUGGUGGCGUUCCUGGGUGCUGCACCUCCGGUGGUGGUGAUGGUGUUGGGUGCUGCUGGAGCCGUGGUCCUGGUGCUGCUGGGUGCUUCUGCUCUGGUGGUGGUGGAACGGGGGCCUACUGUCGUAGUGGUGGCGGUGCUGGGUGCUGCUGCUGCUUGGGUGGAGGCGGUAUGGGGCCCUGGUGCUCAUGUGAUGGUGGUUUUCGUUGCUGCUGCUGCUCCUGUGGUGCUGGGCGCUGGUGCUCUGACGGUUGUGGUGCUGAUUCUGUGGUGCUAG